GUUGAUGUGUGUGCUAGGAAAUCCGGAAGUGAAACGGGAUUCAUGUGCGGCCAAAGGGGGUGACUGUGCUACAUGUAGUCGAGACCCACUCGACCAUCGCCGAAAGCGUUUCGAUCUGGUAACAUCAGAGCCUGCCAGCCAUGGGCACUGGGAUGACCAAGAUAUUGGAUGGCCUCUACCUGGGAAAUAUUAGAGACUCCCAGGAUAAAGACACUCUGGUCAAGAAUGGAAUCACGCACAUCCUGUCUAUUUGCAACAAUGCCAAACCUGUGCUUGAGGACAUGAAAUAUCUUUGUAUCCCUGCAUCUGAUUCUUCAAACCAGAAUCUAAUACAAUACUUUAAGGAGUGCAUCAAGUUUAUCCAUGAAAGCCGAAUUCAUGGUGGGGGCUGCAUCGUCCAUUGCUUGGCUGGAGUUUCACGCAGCACAACCAUGGUGGUGGCUUAUCUCAUGACCGUGACGGACCAUAGCUGGGAGGAGUGUUUGUUUGCAGUGAAGUCCGUCCGAUCCUACGCCAACCCAAACAUUAGCUUCCAGCAACAACUCCAAGAGUUUGAGGCGACUCUUGCAAAAGAGUAUCGGCGAUGGCUUCGGACAGAAUAUGGCGAAAAUCGAUUUAACGACAAGCCGGAGGUAGCCAAGAUGGUGUCAGAGUACAACGAGAAACAGAAGCAACAACGUCCGAGAUAUGGAGAGCAAUCGGGCGCGGAACAAUCUGCAAGCGUGUAUCCUCUCCCUUACAAAGCCUAUGGAAGUAGCAGUCAUGACUGGGUGAACAGAUAAUAGGAGCUGGUGCCUGACUCCCCUGUGUUUCCACAUCAUUUAUUCAUUGUAAAUCAACAAGAAUAUACGCAGAAUAUAAAGCAAAGGUGCAAUAUGAUGCAGGAGUAUUAUGUAUACACUACUGAUCGUCCUUUUCCUGUUUAUCACUGGCAGUUUCCCUCAGCUACUGUACGUUGUGACAAUUGUGCCUUUCCUUAAACCAAGUGCCUAACUAAGAUUUAAAUUGUGCUCAAUUGGGUUAGGCCAGCUCCUUUAUUCAGAACAGAUGCUUGCUGCAUAAGAUGUAUUUGAGCUAAUUCCUGUCGGCCGAGAGUUUAUUUAACAAACAGACAAUGAUGCCACGUUCACAGGAAGAUGUCGACUGUGUUUUAAAGCUAAUGUUUUAUUCGCCACGCAGAUCAGCAGUUGUUGUAUUUUCUCUGCCAAACAAGUUUUAAAAUGAGUAAAAUAAAAUCUGAAAUUAGG